AUGGAUGCUCCCAAAGAAGUUCAGCCUACAGGAGAGUUCACGUGUCAGCUCUGUGGCUUAACAGCUCCCUACACCUACUAUGGGCAGAAGCCACCAAACACACACUCUGUUGUGCUUUUGGAGGAGAGUUAUGUCAUGAAGGAUCCUUUCACCCCUGCCAAGGACAGGUUCCUCAUCCUUGGGUCUCACUGCAGUUUGUGUAGCAGGGCAGUGUGCGUUGGGCCAGAGUGCAGUUUGUUCUACUCGAAAAGGUUCUGCCUCCCCUGUGUGAAUGAAAACCUAAAGGCCUUUCCUGCAGAGAUACAAGAAGACAUGGAUAAAAGGAAGCCCCAGCAAAAAUCCUUAUCCUGUAAAAAAACAGAGAGAAGGACAUAG